AUGUCGAAGGGACCUUCAGUUGGCAUUGAUCUUGGCACCACCUACUCCUGCGUAGGAGUCUUCAAGCAUGGAAAAGUGGAAAUCAUUGCCAAUGACCAGGGAAAUCGAACCACCCCCAGUUACAUCGCCUUCACAGACACAGAGCGUCUUAUUGGAGAUGCUGCAAAGAAUCAAGUUGCGAUGAACCCCACCAAUACGGUUUUUGAUGCCAAGCAUCUGAUUGGCCGUCGAUUUGUUGAUGCGGUUGUCCAGUCAGAUAUGAAGCAUUGGCCCUUCACGGUGGUGAAUGAUGCAGGCAGGCCAAAGGUCCAGGUGGAGUACAAAGGGGAGACCAAAAGCUUCUAUCCAGAAGAGGUGCUAUCUAUGGUCCUGACAAAGGUGAAGGAAAUUGCUGAAGCUUACCUUGGGAAGACAGUCACUAAUGCUGUGGUCACAGUUCACUUCAAUGAAUCUCAACGUCAGGAGACGAAAGAUGCUGGAACAAUCGCUGGUCUCAAUGUGCUCCGUAUCAUCAAUGAGCCAACUGCCGCUGCUAUUGCUUAUGGCUUGGGCAAGAAGGUUGGUGCCGAGAGAAAUGUGUUGAUCUCUGACCUUGGAGGUGGUACCUUUGAUGUCUCCAUCCUCACCAUUGGAGAUGGGAUCUUUGAAGUGAAGUCAACAGCUGGAGAUAACCACCUGGGUGGGGAGGACUUUGACAACCGCGUGGUCAAUCAUUUCAUUACCGAGUUCAAGCGCAAGCACAAGAAGGACAUCAGUGAGAACAAGCGUGCCGUCUGCCGCCUGCGUACCGCUUGUGAGCGAGCCAAGCGCACCCUUUCCUCCAGCACUCAGGCCAGCAUUGUGAUUGAUUCCCUCUACGAGGGCAUCGACUUCUACACCUCCAUUACACGAGCCCGCUCCGAAGAGCUGAAUGCUGACCUGUUCCGUGGCACCCUGGAUCCCGUGGUGAAGGCCCUGUGA